AUGGAGCAGCUCGCUCCCCGAUUAGCAAUAGCCGUUUUCCUUGCCGUGGCCGCCGCUGCCACGUGGCACGUUCUAGACAACUUCCUGGUUAUCACCCCUCCGGCGGGAUGCGCGGGACCCGCGGGGUCUCCGCGGGUGGCGGAGUGCUUGACGGAGUUCCGCAGCGCGCGGCGGUCGCUGGGGGUGAUGCCGCAGCAGCAGCAGGACGUCACCGCAGCCAUGCUCGUGCGCGUAGAACAGCAGGUGUUCGGCAUGAUGCGGGUAGUGAGACGGCUAAAAGCGAGCAACAUCUCCAGCUUCGCCCCAAGUCAGCAGCACUUCAUCCUAGCUGUCUCAGAUGAUUGCCUUGAGCAGGGCGCGGACGCGGCAGAGGAGGUGCGCGAGGCGUACUUGGAGCUGCGCGCGGGCACCCGCGGGGACGACUUGCGCUUCCAGCUGGCGGCGAUCAGGACGAAACUCAGUAACUGCGUUACCGGAUUCGCAGAGUUCGCGCCGGGGAUCCUCAAGACAGAGUUGGGAACCAUUCUUACGAUGGGAUCGACACAAGUGAAGUCCACUGUAAGCGCCGCCGUCACAAUCGCGUCAGCCUAUAGCGGGUACGGUUCUGCCGCGCAAGGGCAGCAGGUCAAGCGUCAACAGGUGGCACAAACGGUCGGCAUGCGCGUAGGACAGGCGGGGGCGGGUUUGCGGCCCCCCGUGCAACAACCAGCGGCGUUGCGACCAUGGCAGGUGCGGCAGGGUGGUCAAACGGUGUCGCCGGGUCUGCCCCCGACACAGGCGGGGCAGACGGGGCAGACGGGCCAAGCGGGGAAGUCCGCACAGGCAGUGAAGCUGGGGCAGGCGGCGCAAGGGGGGCAAACGGGGCUGCGCCCGACACAGGCUGGGCAGUCGGCGCAAGGGGGGCAGACGGGGCUGCGCCCAACACAGGCAGGGGAGUUGGCGCAAGGGGGGCAGACGGGGCUGCGCCCAACACAGGCUGGGCAGUUGGGGCAAAGAGGGCAGGUGGGGCUGCGCCCAAAACAGGCGGGGCAAGGGGGGCAGGCGGCGCAAUGGGGGCAGCCGGGGCUGCGCCCAGCACAGGCGGGGCAGGCGGCGCAGGCGGGGCAGCAUCUCGCUGUACAGUAUAGCACGGGACUCCAGCCGCAAACCCCGGCGCAGCCGCAAACUGGUUACCAGGUACAAGCGCAAUCGCAACAGCUCGCGUGGUCGCAGGUGCAGCCGGUGUAUGACUAUAACGAGUACGAGUAUGACGACCCGAUAGACGGAGGCAGUGACUACCCCACAGAUGACUAUAGUGGUGCCGCUGCUGACUCUGUUGACAAUGCCGACGCGGCUGACGAUGGCGAGGCACCUGUUUCCGAUGACCAACAGCGGGAUUCCGCAGGCAGGCGAAACCGGCAGCUGCGCACCACUGUCGAUGUUACCCGACAGGCUUCGCUAGAGGGUGGUUACCACAGUAGCAGAGGUGAUCCUGGCGAAAGCGCGGAUGGUUACCACGGUGAGGUUGGCGAAGUGGGCGAAGAAGCGGGUGGUUACCACCACCCGGAGUGGCUGGAGGCGGGGCUGUACGAACAGCUGAAGGAGCUCCAGGCGCGCAUGCGCGGAGAGCACGCGCGCGCGCAGCAGUGGGCGGACAGACGGCGCAAGCUCCUUGGGCUUCCCGCGGAGACGUGGGGCAGCGACGGCGGGGAAGGGGAAGAGGGAGAGGCGGGGGCGGUGGAUGGGACAAGGAGAAGGGGGUUUGGCGUGGGGCAAUGGCGGAAGCGGAAGAGCCACACGUGGCGGAGACGAGGCGCGCUACAGCGGAGGGGGCUGCAAGCGCAAGGACUGCAGGCGCAAGGACUACAGGCGCAAGGGCUACAGGCGCAAUGGUUACAGGCGCAACGGCUACAGGCGCAAGCGCGCCCGCGGAAGAGCCUUAUUCCCCUUUCCGCCUACCCCCCCUCUAGCCCCCGUUCCGUCCGUCCUUCCCCCAUCCCCGCGCACCAUUCAACGCAGCGCGCGCCGAUACCCCUAGCGACGACGAUGGGGAAGAAAACCGCAGAACACCUCCCCACCGUGGGGCACCACUCCCCCGGAACCCUGCACCACGCGCCAGGCACGGGCCCCGCGCAUAGGGAGAAGCAGCCGAACCACUGGGGGGAGGGGAAGGGGCAGGGGGGAGGGGGAGUGACGCGCGGGCACCACACGCACCUGUGGCGGAACGGGCGCAGGGGCGCGCAUCACCCCACGGGGGUGGGGCACCACAAGCGGAAGCGGAAGGGGGGCGGCGGGAGUGGCGGAGGGUCGGGGGGAGGAGGGGAGAGCGGGAGUGGCGGAGGGUCUGGGGGAGGGGGAAGCGGGAGUGGCGGAGGGUCGGGAGGAGGAGGGGGGAGUGGGAGUGGCGGAGGGUCGGGGGGAGGAGGGGGGAGCGGGAGUGGCGGAGGGUCUGGGGGAGGGGGAAGCGGGAGUGGCGGAGGGUCGGGAGGAGGAGGGGGGAGUGGGAGUGGCGGAGGGUCGGGGGGAGGAGGGGGGAGUGGCAACCGCGGGUCGUUUAAGGCGGAUGCUGUGGUUGGGCCCGGGGAGAAAUACAACACUGUGGAGGUGAGAGGGAGCUACAUGGAGCGCUCUCAGCGGGGACAUACCGUGAAUCCAUCUUCUUCCCCUUUCCCGCCUACUGCCCCGCCCCUCCCUUUUCCUCCUCCCCACUGCUCUCUCAGCCCCGCGCAGGGUGCGUUGGGAGCAGCACCCAAGGAUGGGCGGUUUGUGGUAUUCAUCCGCGCGGGGACCUACCAUGAAUCCAUCAUAUUCCCCCUUUCCCCUUACUGCCCCCCCCAUUCCCCCUCCCGCGUCCCCCCACAGGGUGCGUUGGGAGCGGCACCCAAGGAGGGGCGGUUUGUGAUAUUCAUCCGCGCGGGGACAUACCAUGAUGAGUCUAUUAUCUUCCGCAACAAGGGGCUCAUCAUGGUGGGGGAGGGCAGCACAGAACCACCCCCUCUUAGCCUUUCCCAACCCCUUCUCCCCUUCCCGCCUCCCCCUGUACGCCUCCUCCACCUGUCCGCCUCCCCCUGUCCGCCUCGUUUCCCUUCCCCCUCCUUGCAACAGGGCGCGUUGGGAGCAGCGCCCAAGGAGGGGCGGUUUGUGAUAUUCAUCCGCGCGGGGACAUACCAUGAGUCCAUCAUAUUUCGUAACAAGGGGCUCAUCAUGGUGGGGGAGGGCAGCGACAGAACCAUCAUCACCGGGGAUAAGAGCGCUGGCAGCGGUUCAACUACCUACCGCUCCGCCACCAUCGGUGCGCAUUCAGUUGUAAACAGGGAGGGAGGUAUGGUGCUGUAA